AUGCAGAUCCCAUCCAUGGUGUUGCUGGUGCUUGCGCUGGCUACCCCGCGCACCCUCGCAGCACGCCCGCUGCACCUUGCUGUGGUGGGACGCACGCUGCAACAGCAGGGCACCUGGUCCGGCUUCCCCGACCCCACCUCCGCGACGGCCUUCGCCUCCUCAAACGGCCAGCAGCAGCAGGCAGUCGCGUACGCCUCAAGCUCGGUGCCGUCCUUCCAGCAAGGCGCUACCCAGCAGACCGCCAUGCCCGCCUACGCCCAGCCCAUGCAGCAGCAGCUGCAGCAGCAGGUUGCCUACCCCCAAUCCGCACCGCAGCAGCAGAUGCCGCAGUAUUACCCUCAACAGCCUCAGCAGGGCGCUGUGCAGAUGCAGCAGCCGCAGGGCGCCUUGCAGCAGGGGCAGCAGACCAGCAUGCCGCAGCAGGGUUCAGGAGGCUCGCCCGGCUUCAACCAAAACUCCAUCCUGUCGUUGCACAACAGCCUCCGAGCCAAGCACGGCGCUGCGCCGCUCGCCUUCAACGGCCAGCUGGCGGCGUCCGCUCAGGCCUGGGCGGACCGCUGCGUCUUCCAGCACAGCGGCCCAGGGGAGAACCUGGCGCAGUACUUCCCUGACCCCUUGCAGGCCGUGCAGGCUUGGUAUGAUGAGAUCCGCAUGUACUCCUACGGCAGCGACUACUCGUCAGCCACAGGUGAUGAGAGGGAGCAGCAGCACAUGAACGUGUCGCCCCCGCUGCAGUGA